ACAUGAAAUAUGAUUGCCACCUCCAAACACGAAAGAGAAUAUAUGACGCUUAGGGGUUGAUUCCCUUUCUUCCAAAUCCAUCAAUUUUUGAUCGACGAUGAAGAAUUCCGACGAGAAACGCCUUCUUGUGAUACGUAACUGUGGAGAGUCGGGUAAGUAUCGUUUUACCCCUCUUUCUCCGGGAGAUUUAUCUGAAAUCCAUGAAGAAAGUUUCGACCUUCCUUUUCUGCAUUCGAAGCCAGAAAUUUAUUUUAACAGUUGCGGGGGUUUGUUAUGUAUCUACGAAUAUGGAGGCCAUAUUUAUGUUUUGAACCCCAAAACCAAACGGUUUCAGUUCUUUCCUACCGAGGAAGUCUAUCCAUUUAAUAGGACGAGCAGCACGUUGAUUGGUGCUUGUGUCUGCUAUGAUUCUAAAUCUGAUGAUUACAAAAUCCUAAGAGUUUGUGAUGAUAAAAUACGUUUACAAACUUUUGAGUUGUAUUCGUUCGAGGAUGAUUCUUGGAACCAAAUUUCUCGUGUGCCGCCCUUCAAAAAUAUUGAAGAAACACGUAUUUCUGGUUUCAAAGGUACAUCUGUUAGAGGUAAAUGUUAUUGGUUUACUGAGCGUGGCAGAAUUGUAUCGUUGGAUUGUAGUGAGAAAACCUUAUCUUACAUUGAUUUACCACCAGGGUGUCAACUGUGUCAUACUCAUUCCUUUAGAAUAUUGAGUGAGCUUGUCCAGUUUAAUGGUGGAGAUUCGUUAGGUGUUGUUCGCCUUGGAUCCCUACAACCUGAACCCGGUAACUACUAUGAGCUUUGGGUAUGGGGUGAAGAGUUAAAGCGGUGGGAUAGAAAGUUUAGUGUGUCUCUUGGUGGUGCUGUGGGUAGACCACCGGGGACUAUAUACGCUACAUUCUUGUUUCUUCGAGGAAUGGCUGGCAACCCGGAUGAGGAUGAAUAUCGUCUAGUAGCUUACGAGUGGACUAAGAGAGACUGCAAGGAGCUCGGUAUUCAUAAUCAUGGCUUUCCGAUCCAUGUCCUUUGUUAUGUUGAGAGCACCGUUGCGUUGCCCCAUGGAACGCCAAUUGUUGGAUCCGGAUUUCUUAAUCAUCCUCCUGUAGUCGAGGUCCAGGAACCUGACUGGUUGGACAACUAUUGCGAUUGCGAUUGCCAUGACGAUGACAGCACCGAGGACAGCACCGAUGACGAUUCCGAAUGCAAGUGUUGUCGAGGUUACACCGACGCCCACAAGAUUGAUAUUGAAGAUUUUGCUGAUAAUGGAUUCCGCGUCCUUAAUAAUACAAAGAAGCAAUCGGCCUUUAAACCAAUGGCUGGAAAUCCUGAUUCACAAGGAAACAUCUCUAGACAUGAUCAUGUGUAUGAGAGAGAGGAGGGUGAAUUGAACGUAUGUUCAGAUAUGUUUCCAAUGGUAAAUAGAUUACUUGUAGGCUCAAUUCAAGUGCUUGUGUACAGAAUAAGUCAACAGGAUCCCGAGAGCUCUGCUCAUCAUCUGACCAAGACAGAGGGUAGAUUCAACAUAUGUUAUCAUAAUCCGUAUAAGAGAGAAGGUGGAUUCAACAUAUGUACAGAUUCAAUGGUAUUUGUAGGGUCCAUUCAAGUGCUUGUGGUCAGAACAACUCCAUGAGCAGGUGGAGGGCAACAGUAUGAAGCUGGAUUUGGAUGUGAUUUGCAGGCCAUGCUACAUUCCUCCACCAAAGAAGGUACAACUCCCCACAGCAUUAGGUAGUGUGAAGAGGUGUGGAACAAUCCCACAAAGCAUUGAUUCAAUCAUUCAAGCCACCUCACAUUAUCUGAUCAAAGGUACAACACUAACCAAUCAAGGGAGCAUCUAAACAGCAGCAGCCAUGAUCAAGAAACACUGGAUUUAUUCCCAAUUCACCCCACCGGAAUCCUGCAGUCAACAAGUAAUCAUGAUCAGAAUGAACUCAAGAACCCUAGAUGAUCAUCCCUUCUUUGAUUUCUUUUGUGGGAAUUGAAGUGAUCGGUUCAUUUCUGUUGGUUUUUUUUGUCAAAGUAGAAUUUUUGAUAGGAUAGUUCUAAUCAAAGUCUCUUGGAAAAAUGUGGUCUUUAUCAAGACUAGUCACUUAAUUCUAGGGUUUUCCAAGGGAUGACUGACAGAAUCUGUUAACGUUUUAUCCAGCAUUGGAAACUUGAUACAGUUAAUAAUUUACUCA